AUAAAUUUGGUUAUAGAAGUUAAUAGCACACAUGACUUUCAGCUGCUUCCUAUUGGAAUAUAUAUACAUAAUGAACGGGGGGGGUUUGUACACUAUUAUCAAUUCUGUCUUAUUGUAUCAGGGCGACAUAAGCACUUCAUUUAAUAUAUAGGAAGGUUAUAUGAAUACAUAUAAAUAUGCAUAACCAAUUGCAUACUUUGAGCAAUUCCGAUAGAAGGUCUGUUCAAACGCACGUUUCUUCGCAAUGAUGCUGCAUGCAUACUACUGCGGUCGAAAUAACGUUUAUGAAUCCGGCCAGUGGGAUCAAACUGAGAUUCAAACAUUCCACAUGAUCACUUCAUGAUGGAUGCAAAGAACAAAACAAAGUGCUUCUCUUUUUCUAUUUUCCUUUUUACCUUGAACACAAUUUUCAGAAAAUGUCCUCAACUAGUCUCACGGCCGAUACGAUCAAAGCGGCUGUCAUUGAGCGCCUUAAAGAUGAAGUAGAAGAUUUGUCAGCAGGCUGCGGAAAAAUGUUUGAGGUUGUCAUUGUAUCCAAUCUAUUCGAAGGAAAGCGCCUAUUAGCAAGACAUAAGCUUGUUAACGAAGCACUUAAAGAAGAGAUCAGCAAAGUUCACGCUUUUACUCAGAAAUCAUAUACCCCCGCUGAAUGGGAAAAGAAGAAAGCAGAAUAGCUGUCCCUCUCACUCGAACAACAUCAAAAGCAUCAUAAGGUAUUUAUUGUACCUGUUGGUGAGCAAUCCAGGAGCAGCUUUUCGCGACCAAUUUCUUUUCUAAAUUUAGGCUAUUUAUGAUUGCAUGAAGAAAAGUAAAUCUCUUAACAUCAACAUUUACAAAAUAAAGCACGAUCUAGUCUUUACAUGCGGAAUAAGAACUUUCAGUUUAAAGAGGAACAUGUUUGCAUUCAAAAAGU